UCGUGUCCGCUAUCCUGUGCAGAAGGGCACGGAGAGGGUGUCCGGCGUAGCAAGAACUAAGCACGUCAGAUUUAUUUUCAAUCAUGCUGUCGAGAAUUGUUUUUCUCUCAGCCAACUCCCUGAAAGGCUGCAGCCCCAUUGGAGCUUGCUUGGUUCAGGCGUCUCRCUCCCUGCAUACAACCUCCCAAAGUCUGGCCCCCGUUCCCCCCUUGCCUGAGAGGGGAGGUAAAGUACGACAUGGCAUCUUCCCCGAGGAGUUUUUUCAAUUUUUGUACCCAAAAACUGGAGUCACGGGACCGUACAUGCUUGGCAGUGGUCUCAUCACCUACUUGCUUUCCAAGGAAAUCUACGUAAUCAACCACGAGACCGCGUAUGCUGUGGCCUUCGGCCUUUUCUUCGUUUAUUGUGUCAAGAAAUUUGGUCCAGCUGUGGCAGCUCAUGUUGAAAAACUGCAACAGGAACAAUUGAGUGCAGCCCAGGAGAGCAAAGAUGCCUCUAUAGCCAACCUGACUGAGGCCAUCGAGAAUGAGAAGAAGGAGCAGUGGCGAGUAGAGGGAAGAUCAAUGCUCUUUGAUACUAAGAGGAACAAUCUUGCAAUGCUGCUGGAGAUCAACUACAGGGAGAGGCUACACAUGGUGACCAAUGAAAUAAAGAGGCGCUUGGAUUAUCAGAUCGCCCUUGAGCAACUCAACCACCGGUUGGAACAGGAGCACAUGGUGGACUGGGUGGAGAAGAGUGUCAUCAGCAGCAUCACUCCUCAGCAGGAGAAGGAGAGCAUCGCCAAGUGCAUCGCAGACCUGAAGGUGCUGGCUAAGACCACUCAGGCCAAAGCUGCAGUCUGAACUGUGGUGGGCCUGAAGAAAACCCUUCAAACCCUCGAUUCGUAGCUCCAAAAUGAGACGCCACCUUUCUUUACAGAGUAAACUUAUUUCUCUUCAACAAUCAUCUCUGUCAACAUUAUAGGUGUGUACAGUAUUUACACGUCAGCAGAUGGUAAAAUAAAUGCUUCUCUUAUCCAA